ACUAUAUAUGGUAUGUAAUAAGAUGAUGAAGUGUGUGCGCUCUUCUCUCUGGAGUCUGGAUAUCAGAAAACAUACAGUGUGUGUUAACUGUUAAGUAUUGUUAUCUGAGCUUCACCGGAGUAUUCUCAAAUCUUUGAAUUUUUUCAAGCCCACUACAACUCCAACACUAUGGACCCAAGAUUAGAAGAAGCAUGCCAUACUGGAAACCUGUCCAUGUUUCACAGCCUUCUCCAAGAAGACAAGCUCCUUCUUCACAGGUUCAGCAGCAGCAGCACUGCUUCCAUUGACAACCCACUCCAUAUUGCAGCUUCACUUGGGCACACAGACUUAGCAAAUGAGAUCAUCAUUGGAAACCCUGAUCUUUCUUCAGAUCUGAACCCAAGAGCUCUCUCAGCACUACACUUGGCUUCAGCUCACGGUCACCUUGAAAUAGUUAAACUCUUGAUCUCAAAGGUUGGUUCUCAUCUUUGUUUUUUGAAAGACAAGGAUGGAAGGUUGGCCAUCCACAUUGCAGCCACGAAAGGCAGGAUUGAUAUUUUGGAAGAACUCAUCAAGAUAUGCCCAGAGUCAGCAAGAGCACUGACAUAUCAACAUGAAAGCAUCCUCCACAUCGCCGUUCAGUCCAACUCCUUUGAAACCAUUGAGUUCUUAGUGAAUAAGCUUGAAGAUGAUGGUGAUAUUAAUGAGCUUUUCAACCUCAAAGAUGACAAAGGCAACACCAUCUUACACCAUGCAGUAGCCAGAAGACAACUCCAGAGUGUGAAGUUGUUGUUAAGCAAAGGAGAUGUGGCAGAAGUGAACGCCAUGAACGACAAGGGUUUGACUGCACUCGACGUUCUGCUAGACUCGCCUAGAGAGUAUGGUGACUUGGCACUCGGUGAAGUGAUACGCGUGGCCGGUGGCAAAAUAGCAAGUGAAAUGGAUCCUCAGCAAACAUCCUUGGAAACCAACACAUCAAGAAAUGAGUCUAGUGGUACUACUAUUCCUCCUUCAAGAAGCUGGGUAAGCAGACUAUUUGGAGGCCGACGCGGCACUAGACUCCAACGAAGGACUAAGAAACAUGACGAGGUUGAAGAUAACUACACUCCUGGCACACUAAUGGUUGUGGCGACCCUGAUCGCCACCGUUACUUUUCAGUCAGGAUUGAACCCUCCUGGUGGAUUCACUCAAGACAAUGGUAAUAAUACCACUGCCGACAAUAGUAGUAACGCAUCACCACCUCCUGGGGUUGCAAUUCUUGGUUCAAAUCUAAACUAUUUUUUGUUGUACGAUAUGAUUGCCCUCUUUGCUUCAUUUAGCAUAAUCCUUAUACUGAUUUGUGUGAGGCCAAGGAAAAAGAAGAUAAUGAUGAAGAUACUGGUUGUGGUUAUGUUGGUUGCUGUCUUUUCCACUGCACUGGCUUUUUCUUCAGGUAUAGUCGCGAUUUUCAUGUACUCAAACUUCAGGAUAUCAGGCUAUUUGGAAAGCGGUUGGUUUUUGUUAUUGACGAUCUUCAGCUCGUGGGUGUUUUUGGGUAUUGUGUAUUUGUUACGGAAGGUGGGUUGGUGGAGAAAGAAGGAAGGAGAUAAAGUAAGUAACAUUGUGAGAAAUGGAGGACGUCUACUUUGGCGCAUGAGAGUUGGAGUGGUGAUAAUUAUACUGUUGAUCUCUGCCUUUCUUAUUCUUAUCUACUGGGAGACUUUUAAGAUUUGUGAAAGUCGAGAUGAUACCACAUUGGGGGAUGCUUCCUUGGGAGGAAAUAUCAUUGGGUAGCGAGUUGAAAAUGCAAUGAAUUUUAAAUUACAAUGUAGUUAUAAUUACUGUAUUUAAAAGUACAAAGAGUAUUAAGUCUAGUGUUUGAUUUGAUGUAGUUAGAAUGUUAGAUUAUAAAAUUUUAU